UGACUAUUGACCUCGAAUUUGUAAAUGGUGUUACUAAAUAUGGAAUACGAUUUAGUACAAUCUUGGAACGAUUCGUUUUUUAAUGGAAUAUUGAAAGCCAGAAUUUUUAUUUGCGAUACCGCUUAUUAUUGACGGUGUAUUUGACAUGAGAGUUUGCCAUGAAAUAGGUUGCCUUAUGUUAUGAAGUUUUCUUAUUGGAAAUGUUUUGAAGUAGCCGUAUCUUGGGACCUGUAAACUCCUUGAUGUUACUCAUUCUAACAUUUGUUGCACCUGUUAUGGGAAUGCAGGGUCCACGGCUCUUUCUGGUAGUUGUGGCUGCCUGUUUAAUAAAGGAAGCCUCUGGGUUCCCAAAUGGCAAAGUGUCUGUGGCCUGUGGAGAUAUGAAGCCCCAGCAUGGUCAUGCAUCCAGCUCUAAAUCUGCUCCUUAUAACAUCACUGUUGACCAAACCACAUUCAGCCCUGGUGACCAGAUCACAGUGACCUUACAGGUUGUUCCCACGACUGAGGGUGCCGCAUUUAAAGGUUUCCUGAUUGAAGCCAGGGAUGUGGAGAACCUUGACGGCCCCGCGGUCGGCUCGUUCAGCCUCCUCAACCCUUCCGAGUCCCAGCUCCUGCAGUGUGGCGACACCCAGGGAUCUGCAGUAAGCCAUACCAGCAAAUCCAAGAAGACUGAUAUACAAGCCAUGUGGAAGGCUCCAGAAAACCCUCCUCUGGGUGUCCAGUUCAUGGCAACUGUGGUGCAGAAGUACAAAGUAUACUGGGUGAAACUGCCAGGGCCGGUGGUGUCUCUGAAUGGGGCUACUGUGGUUCCACCACCAAAGAGCACCACCACUGCUACUACUGCGCUAACAACGCCAUCUGUAUGGAACAAACCUUUCAGUUCAGAGGGGUGUGGCCGGAGGAAGUCUUGUCUGCGUGACCCGGAGGGAUGUGACCCAGAGAGGGACCCCCUGUGCUUCUUCCUUUCGUUCACUCCCGAGGAGCACACUGUGCUGUUUGAGCUCAGUGGCCCAUCCAGUGGAUACAUGUCCUUUGCUCUGUCCCAGGACAAAUGGAUGGUUGGUGGGGAUGACGAUGCCUACCUGUGUGUGCGUGAUGGAGACCGUGUGGACAUCAAUGCUGCGUACCUCCCUGGGCGUACCGAACCUGAAUUUGCCACUCAGAAUGUUUUGUCAGACAUGUCUUGGCGUCUGGCAGAUGGGGUCAUCCAGUGUCGUUUCCGUAGAGAGAUUCAUCUCCCUGUUCAUAAUAGGAGCAGGUUCAGUCUGGACCAGAGCUUUUUCCUGUUCGUAGCUCACGGCCGGUCUGCUGAUGGUGUGGUCCACAGGCAUGACCGUCAGCCGCUGAUCUCUACUUAUCAGACUGUCAUCACAGGACCCCCUAAGGACCUUGCUGGUUCCAGAUCUCCUCUGCUAAUGAAGUUCCAUGGUGUGUUUAUGCUUGUGGCCUGGAUGACCACUGUGACCACAGGUGUCAUCAUUGCCCGCUACUUCAAAAUGGACUGGCCAGGAACAACACUACUCGGUCAAAGUGUAUGGUUUCAGGUACACCGUGCCUUAAUGAUCCUGACUGUACUCCUUACCUCUGUGGGAUUCAUGCUACCUUUCAUCUACCGAGGAGGUUGGAGCAAGCGUGCUGGCUCCCACCCUUACCUAGGCUGUACUGUCAUGGCUCUGUCUGUCAUCCAGCCUAUCAUGGCCCUUGUCAGACCUGCCCAGGACUCCUCACGAAGAAACAUUUUUAACUGGGCGCACUGGGGAACUGGCACUACAGUGCAGAUACUGGCAGUGGCGGCCAUCUUCCUGGGUAUCCAGCAGCAGGCAUUGCUACUCCCUGUGCCCUGGUCUACAGGGAUCCUGGCUGGCUGUGUGGUCUGGGGCAUCCUGAUUGACCUUCUGCUGGAGUUUCACAAUAGAGGCGUUAUCCAGACAACUGUCACUGUUUCUGAGGACAAAGAAAGCAUUUUGAGUACUCACUUGGAUAAAGAGCGACAGAGAAAGGUGUCUCUGUUCCGGAAGAUUGUCUUGGCUGUGUUCCUCGUGGGAAAUUUUGGUUUUCUGUCUGGUCUCAUCAACACCAUUGCGAGUAUGUGACUGAAUGACACUUUUUUUUGUUGUGGAAAAUUUAUUGUAUACAUUUUGGAUAUGUUGCAUUCUGCACAAUUUUGCACAUUACUACAUUGUCUUUUUAUAAUUCCAAUAAAAAAAUAUUCCUGAAGUGCCAAAUGGA